AUGUCCGUAGUAGUAGAAACCAAUGGUAUACAUGAAGAAGAAAUCGGAAUUCUUGAUCAGUCGCCAAAUAUUCAAGAGAAUGAACAUGCUAUAAUCUGUAUGUCGGAUGCCGAUGUCACUCAACCUCUUAUUUCGUCACAAAUUGAACGACGAGAUUCUCGAUGUUUGGGUCGUAAUGACGUACUGUCCGAGGAGGAUGUCUCAAGCUUUGAUUCUACUGGCAUGUUUUAUUUUACACCAUCGCGGCAAAUUGAAGAUGCUGUUAUUGAUGUUAAUCUACUUCGAGACUAUCGUGCCUUAUUUCGUGGAAAGCGCACUACAUAUGACCGAACAACAGUUCCCAAACAUCCUCUUCGCUUUAAAGAUCGCCAUACAGACGAAGCAGAUCUGCAAUUUUUUUUAACUACUCCAUUUGCAUCAGGUACCAAUAAACAAUCACUUUAUUUUCCCCUUAUUACAUAA